GCCAAAGGGAAGGACGGCACGAAGCCGCAAGGGCACACCCUGCCCCGAACACGCCUGUCGGCGGAGAAGUUCAGCGGCGUCGUGACCGCGUGGAAGGGCAAGUACGGGUGGAUCCAGCCGAGCGAGGAGAUCGAGCACGAGAAGGCCAGCUUGAGGAACGGCGCCCUGUUUUGCAGUGUUAAUGACAUCCUCGACGGUAGCACAGCGCUCCACCCUGGGGCUCCGUGCGAGUUCCACAUCUGCGAGGAGACCACGGGAAACCCUCCGUACGAGCACCGCUCACCGGUGUAA